AUCCAUAAUACCAUUUUAUUCACUCACCAGACAACUUUUCACAAGUAUAAGUUGUUGUUGAUCAUACUUUUACACAAACCCUUUUAUAUGGUUCUUCUACUUCCACAGGAAGAUGAGCAGAGUGAAAUUUGAGCUUGUUCUUGGCUUACUACUAAUAUCAUGCCUCUUCCUUCGUCGCGUUCACGGUGAGGAUCCUUACUUGUUCUAUACAUGGAAUGUGGCCUAUGCAAAUCUUUCUCCUCUGGGUGUUCCCCAACAGGUUAUUACAAUCAAUGGUGAGUUCCCGGGUCCUAUGAUCAAUGGUACCUCCAACAAUAAUGUUUGGGUGAAUGUUUUUAAUAAUAUAGACGAGCCUAUCUCGUUCCACUGGCAUGGCAUUCAGCAAAGGAAGAAUUCUUGGCAAGAAGGAUUGCCAGGGACUACGUGUCCUAUUCCACCUGGGACAAAUUAUACUUAUAAGUUCCAAGUGAAGGAUCAGAUUGGGAGCUACUUUUACUAUCCCUCCACUGCGCUGCACAAGGCGGCUGGAGGGUAUGGCAGCAUCCGAAUCCACAGCCGUGACCUUAUCCCCAUUCCUUUUGACCCUCCUGAGGCAGAGUUCGCGGUCAUGAUUGGAGAUUGGUACAGCAAAAGCCAUGUUGAGUUGAAGAAACAGCUUGAUGGGGGGCGUACUUUGGCAAAACCUGACGGUGUUCUCAUCAAUGGUAAGGCGGGUAAAGGGGAUAACAAAGAUGAGCCUAUGUUUAACUUGCAACCAGGCAAAAUCUAUCGCUUCAGAUUCUGUAAUGUUGGAUUUAAGUACAGUCUAAACGUCAGGAUACAGAACCAUAAGAUGAAGUUGGUGGAAGUUGAAGGCUCCCACACCGUGCAAAACAUGUAUGAUUCACUUGAUGUUCACGUGGGACAAUGUUAUUCAGUUCUGGUCACCAUGGAUCAGGAACCGAAAGAUUACUUCAUGGUGGUGUCCACAAGGUUUUCAAAGUCCGUGCUCACCUCCACAGCCACUAUCCGGUAUGUAGGUGGGAAUGGACCAGCCUCGACAGACCUCCCCCAAGCUCCAACAGGCUGGGCCUGGUCACUCAACCAGUUCAGGUCUUUCCGGUGGAACCUGACAGCCAGUGCUGCCAGGCCUAACCCACAGGGCUCCUACCACUAUGGAGGUAUUAACAUUACCCGGACUAUCAAGCUGGCAAGCACAGCUGGAAAAGCCGAUGGCAAGCUAAGGUAUGCCUUCAAUGGCUUGUCGCAUACUGACCCAGAGACUCCGCUCAAGCUUGCUGAGUACUUUGAUGUUCCUGACAAGGUAUUCCAAUACGAUAACAUCAAGGAUGACCCCCCAGCAGUCGACGAUGAAAACGUCAAAAUCGAGCCCGUUGUUCUCAAUUCCACUUUCCGUAAUUUUGUGGAAAUCAUAUUUGAGAAUCAUGAGAAGAGCACUCAGACAUUUCACUUGUCUGGUUACUCCUUCUUUGCCGUCGGCAUUGAAGCAGGGAAAUGGUCUCCAGACAAGAGGAAGAACUACAAUCUUCUUGAUGCACUAAGCAGGACAACAAUACAAGUAUAUCCAAAAGGAUGGGCCGCAAUCAUGUUAACGUUAGACAAUGCUGGAAUGUGGAAUGUGAGAAAUAUGGCGCUGGAAAGAUCAUACCUAGGCCAGCAGUUCUACAUAAGCGUUCUCUCCCCAGAGAGAUCUCUCCGAGACGAAUACAACUUGCCCGAAAACUUCCCCUUAUGUGGUAUAGUCAAGACCAUGCCAUUGCCACCACCACGUUACAGCGGCACCUAAAUUAUGAUACCUUUGGUGCUCCUUCAAUAAAAAAAUCCCAAAACAGAGUACACUGAUGGACAUAGUUCUAGCAUUUUUCAAGCAUAUAGGGAACAAAAAAAAGAUUUUAUGGUGCUUGCACAAACGUGACAAGUUUGAAUAAAUGUUUGAGCAAGCUUUGAAGGGCAAAAGCAUUAUGCCUGUAUUUUAGGUUGUGAUGGAACUAUUUUUGUUUCUCAUUUUUGUAAGGUCAUCAACUUUUUUCCUACUUAUAUAAAUGUGUGAUCCACUCUAUUUCUUGUUUUUCUUGUACUCUAACUUAAACUUAUGACAUAAAUUUUUUCCCCUC